UGAGAGACACUCACUAACCUUAACCUAAGCUAGGCCAACAAAGUCUUUUGCUUUCCCAUUCUUCCACACAACCUUUUUUACUGUUUUCAACUAUUUCUCUGUCUUCAACACCUUUGCAUUGCUUUGUUUCUCCCCUUCUUUUCUUUUUCUUCUCCUUCUUCUUUCUCUAACAAAACCAUUCCUCUCUUCAUUUUUCCAGCUCCCAACGUUCACAUAGUUUGAGAAGAAGAAUUAAAAUGUUCCCUUUUUCUUUUCAUUUCCUCUUUUUUCUUCUCUUUUGCAACACUCUUUCACCUCUAGCUAAUUCUCUAAACCCUGAAGGCUAUGUUCUUCUAACACUAAAACAAUCCCUCAAAGAUCCACAAGGUUCUAUGAAUAACUGGAACUCUUCUGAUCAAAACCCUUGUUCAUGGAAUGGAAUCACCUGCAAAGACAAAACUGUUGUUUCCAUUAGUAUCCCAAAAAGAAAACUUAAUGGUUCUCUUCCUUCUUCACUAGGUUCUCUUUCACAGCUUCGUCAUGUCAAUUUCAGGAACAAUGAACUCUUUGGACCUUUGCCUCAUGACCUUUUUCAAGCUCAAGGACUUCAAAGUUUGGUGCUUUAUGGUAAUUCCUUUUCUGGGUCUGUUCCUAAUGAGAUUCACAAUCUUAGGUACCUUCAAACUCUAGAUUUGUCUCAAAAUUUCUUUAAUGGGUCGUUUCCUGCUUCAAUUGUUCAAUGUAAGAGACUUAAAACUCUUGUUAUCAGUAGAAAUAAUUUUACUGCUUCUUUGCCUGAUGGAUUUGGUACUGGUUUGUCUUCUCUUGAAAAACUUGACCUUUCUUUCAAUCAAUUUAAUGGUUCAAUUCCUACUGACUUUGGAAAUUUGUCAAGUUUGCAAGGAACUGUUGAUUUGUCUCAUAAUCAUUUUAGUGGUUUAAUCCCAGUUAGCCUUGGAAAUUUGCCUGAGAAGGUUUAUAUUGAUCUUACUUACAAUAAUUUGAAUGGUCCAAUACCACAAAAUGGUGCUUUGAUGAAUAGAGGACCAACUGCUUUUAUUGGAAAUCCUGGUUUGUGUGGUCCGCCUUUGAAGAAUCCAUGUGGUUCUGAUGUUCCAGCUACUAGUUCACCUUCCUCAAAUCCAAAUCUUCCUGUCAAUUAUCCACCAAAUGAUGCUGGUUUUGGUUCUGAGAAAAGCAAAGGGCUAAGUAAAGGUGCUGUGGUUGGCAUUGUUGUUGGUGAUUUAAUUGGAAUUUGUCUUUUAGGUUUGUUGUUCUCUUUCUUUUACUCGAGGGUUUGCGGUUUUACUCAGGAUCAGGAUGAAAAUGAUGUUACCAAGAGAAGGAAAAGAAGGAAAGAGUGUUUUUGUUUCAGAAAGGAUGAAUCUGAGGCACUAUCUGAUAAUGUCGAGCAAUAUGAUCUUGUUCCAUUAGAUUCCCAAGUGGCUUUUGAUUUGGAUGAACUUCUUAAGGCUUCAGCUUUUGUUCUUGGUAAGAGUGGAAUAGGGAUUAUGUACAAAGUUGUUCUUGAAGAGGGGCUUGCUUUGGCUGUGAGAAGAUUGGGGGAAGGAGGUUCUCAAAGGUUUAAAGAAUUUCAAACAGAAGUAGAAGCUAUAGGGAAGUUAAGGCAUCCAAAUAUUGCUACUCUUCGAGCUUAUUACUGGUCUGUUGAUGAGAAGCUUCUCAUAUAUGAUUAUAUACCAAAUGGAAGCCUUGCUUCAGCAAUUCACGGGAAGGCAGGACUUGUCACAUUUACGCCGCUAACUUGGUCGGACCGACUGAAAAUCAUGAAAGGAACUGCAAAAGGACUGGUCUAUCUGCAUGAGUUCAGCCCCAAAAAAUAUGUCCAUGGAGAUCUAAAGCCAAGUAACAUACUUCUUGGACAUGACAUGACACCCUACAUUUCCGAUUUUGGACUAGGGCGCCUCGCAAACAUCGCUGGAGGUUCACCGACCCUGCAAUCGAACCGAGUGGCUGCAGAGAAACUACAUGAAAGACAGAAAAGCUUGUCCAAUGAAGUCGCAACAAAUAUUAUUGGAAGUGGUUAUCAAGCUCCGGAAGCACUUAAAGUGGUGAAGCCAUCACAGAAGUGGGAUGUUUAUUCAUAUGGUGUAAUUUUGUUAGAAAUGAUGACAGGAAGAUUACCUAUUGUACAAGUAGGUAACUCAGAAAUGGACCUUGUUCAAUGGAUUCAGUUCUGCAUUGAAGAGAAGAAGCCUCUCUCAGAUGUAUUAGAUCCAUACUUGGCUGAAGAUGCAGAUAAAGAGGAAGAGAUGAUUGGAGUUUUGAAGAUUGCUAUGGCUUGUGUUAACAGCAGCACUGAAAAGAGACCUACAAUGAGGCAUGUACUUGAUGCUUUGGAUAGAUUGUCUGUUUCAUCUGAUUGAGAAAAUUCAGCUCAUUUGGAUAGCUUUUGGUUUUAGCUUUGUUCAUGGUUUAAGAAUGUCUUCUAAUUGCUUGAAUUUCCAAGGAGUUUCGUUACAUGUAUGAAAUAUGAAUCCUUGUAAUUGAAGCAGUAGAAGAUAAAAUGAAUUUGUUCGACAAAAAACUAACCAAUGUUUCUAAGAUUCUCCCCUUAAUUAUUAUUAUUGUUAUUAAUA